AUGACUAAAUCAUUGGAACAAGUAAUCAAGAAACCUAAAGUAGACCAUCCAGAAAUCUUAAAAGUAUUCUUAAGAUCAAAAAAUGCUACAGUUCCAACUAAAGGUUCAGCAUUAGCUGCUGGUUACGAUCUUUACUCCUCAGAAGCUGGUUUAGUUCCAGCUCAUGGUCAAGCUAUGAUUGGUACUGAUUUAACUGUUUGUGUACCAAUUGGUUGUUAUGGUAGAGUUGCUCCAAGAUCAGGAUUAGCUGCUAAACAUGGAAUUUCCACCGGUGCAGGUGUUGUUGAUGCUGAUUAUAGAGGAGAAAUCAAAGUUAUUCUUUUCAAUCAUUCUGAUAAAGAUUUUGAAAUCAGUAAAGGUGAUAGAAUUGCACAAUUAGUAUUAGAAAAAAUAUUGUUAACUGAUAUAGUUGAAAUCACUGCUGAACAAUUGGAUGAAACUACAAGAGGUGAAGGAGGUUUUGGAUCAACUGGAGGUUUUGGUAAAAAAUAG